AUGAGUAGAAUUCAUAAAACAACUCAACAACAAAGAUUACAUCAUCAUGUUCAUCAAAUAACCCCAACAAUCCAUAAUCAUACCUCAUUACAAACUAUACUCCAUUCGGAAUUAUUAUUACUUGAUCAAUUAUUUGAUCAUCAACAAAUGAUUCAUUAUUUAUUGAAUAAAAAUACAUUUUGUUUAAAUGAUUCUAAUCUAUGGACAAUUGAAUGGUUACAACAAUAUUUAGAUAUAUUAACAGAAUUUGGACAAUUACUUAUAAAAUGUAAUAAAAAUAGUACUACUAUUCAUAUACAUAUUGAUGAUAUCCUACCUAUAACACGUUUAUGGCAUAGUUACUUAGAAACAAGUUUAAUCUCAUAUCCUAUAGAAAGUAGAAUGCUUAAUCAUGAUCAGAAUAUCAAUCAAAAAAUCAAUUUUACAUGGGAUAUGUAUAUUGUAUUACAUAAACCUAAUCAAUGUCAAUUAAGAUCAUAUUUAUUGAAUAAUCAAUCAAUAAUCAAUCAUAUACCAAAUUAUUAUUAUCUUACUAUACCAUCACUAAUCAAUAUAGAGAGAAUGGAAUCAUCUAUGGAAUCAUUUAGAAAACAAGAAAUCAAUGAUCCCUAUGAAUCAAUUCGUAUUACUGAUCAUUAUUUAUUGAAUAAUCAAUUAUUCGAUCAAUGGGAUUUGAUUUCACCAAUGAAAAUAUGUCAAUUAUUAUUUUCUAUAGUAUUACCAGAAUGUUUAAAUACAAUAAUAAUGAAUGAUUAUGGUGAAAAUAGUUUAAAAGUAAUUCGUUGGAAAUGUUUAUUUGAGAAUGAUAUUAAUAAAGCAAUUGAAGAAGGUUAUUAUCCAAUUGAAGUUGUAUUUGAUUUAAAUAGUAUAGGUCUUAAUUCAUUUUAUUAUAAUUCUAAAUUAUGGAAAACUCAACAUACUAAUCAUUUAUUACAUAAAAUACAAAUCAAUAAAAAUAAUCAUUUAUUAUCCAUAUCAAAUAUUGAUUUUAAUCAUAAUAUAAAUCAAUCAGAAUCAAGUUAUUAUUCUUCAGUUACUAUGCCAAAUAUUUUAAUUAUGUAUAUUAAUUUUCAUCCAGUUUUUUCAUUUAAUGAUUUUAUCAAUACUAUUCCUACUCCUACUAAUACUACUACUACUACUACUACUAAUAAUAAUAAUAAUCAAUCAAAAACUCAGAUAGCAACUAUAACCAAUAAUCGAUAUUUAUCGAUUUAUUGGAAACAUAAUUUUUUAAAAUUAAUCACUCCAUUACAAUUCAAUAAUAAUUUACCAUUAUGGUCUAUAUGUAAUUGUCUUAAAGAAGAUUUUAUUUUACAAAAAAUUCAUUACAUUCAUAAUAAUCAUUAUUUCUAUAUGAAAUCUAUUAGAAUUUUAUUAAAUUUAUUUCAUUUUAAUGAUUUAUUAUAUAAUACAAAUUUAUUAAAAAUAUUUAAUAUUAAAAAUAUAAUUGAAUUAUAUUUGCAAUUAAUUGAUGAACAAUCAAAUCAAUUAAUGAUCAAAAAUCAAUAUCCGAAUGCAAUCAAUUCUGAGAAAAAAUCAAUAAUUGAUUGGCAACAACAAAAAAGUUUAUAUGAAUUAAUGAAUGAUUUAUUAAAAAAAAUGAUUGAUAUAUUACAUAAUAAACAAUUAUUAUCUAUUACUAGCCCAGAAACUAAUUUAUUGCAAAUCAAUAAUGAUGAUGUUAUAAAUAAAUGGAUUCAUCAAUCAUGUAUGAUAUUAACUAGAUGGUAUUCUAAUCCAUUAGAAUUAAAGAAAUUAAUAAUGAAAAAAAUUGAAAUGUUAACAAAAUUGAUUCAUAAAUUUAAUGAUUUAUAUCCGGAUAAACAAAUUUCAUGAGUGAAUUCGUACAUUGAAUAGACUUUUACAUUUUAGAAGGUAUCUCAACUAUAGAAGUCGACCAGUUGAUCAUUUCAUGAUGGUUUGUAGUCUUACACUUUUUUUAAUUCCAUAUCAUCCUUUUAUAGACAUUGUCUUAGAAACAGAGAGAGAGAGAGAGAGGAGGGGAGAGAGAUUAAUCAAUCGCUAUUCUGGAUAUGCACUUGAUGAGAAAGGGGAGUAAUGGUUCCUUAAAAAAAGAUCCAUUUCUUUGUAUGUAGUUUGAUUACGUAACAGAUGAAAUAAUUCAUCAAUCACGUAUCCUAUUAAAUUCAUGGUAUUAUAAUCCGUUAGAAUUAAAAAAAAUUGAAAUGUUAACAAAAUUUAUUCAUAAAUUUAGUGGUUUAUAUUUGGAUAAACAAAUUUCAUGUUUAGAUUGUACAUUGAACAUAUUUUGGUUAUUGAACUUUAGUUAACUGAUCAUCCCAUGUUUGUAUUCUUACAUUCUUUUAAUUACAUAUCAUUCUUUUAUACACUUUAAGUUAGAAACAAACACACACACAGAGUGUGUGUGAGAUUAAUCAAUCUCUAUUAUGGAUAUGCAUUUGAUGAGAAAGGGGAGUAAUGGUU